AUGUUAGCAGCAGCCUGGAUUUCCAGCCUGUGCAUGGCCCUGGCCACCGUGGUGAGUCAACCUGUGCCAGCCAAAACCCCCAACAGCAUCCAGUACGUGCAUGAACAGAACAAAAAACGGUUCUACGACUACCAAAACGCAGUGAUAAGAGGCGUUAACAUCGGUGGCUGGUUCGUGCUCGAGCCCUUCAUCACUCCGUCGUUGUUCGAGUCCUUCCGUACGCAGCCCAACAGCGACGAAGGAAUCCCAGUCGACGAGUACCACUUUUGCCAAGCACUCGGCCACGACGUGGCCAGCUCGCGUCUCGAGCAGCACUGGUCCUCGUGGUUCACAGAAAAAGACUUCAGCAACAUCGCAGCCGCAGGCCUCAAUUUCGUGCGAAUCCCAAUCGGCUACUGGGCGUUCCAAAAACUCGACUCCGACCCUUACGUCAAGGGCAGCCAGGAGUCGUAUCUAGACCAAGCGAUCCAGUGGGCUCGCAAUAACAACCUCAAGGUGUGGGUCGACUUGCACGGCGCGGCAGGUUCUCAAAACGGCUUCGACAACUCGGGUCUCAGAGACUCGUACGCUUUCCUCGAAGACAGCAACCUUCAAGUCACAAAAAGCGUUUUGGAGUACAUCCUCAACAAGUACUCUCAGCAAGAAUAUCUAGACACCGUGAUCGGUAUUGAGCUGAUCAACGAGCCAUUGGGCCCUGUGUUGGACAUGGACAAGCUCAAGGAAUACUACCACUUUGGCUACGACUACCUCAGAAACACGGUGAAGAGCGACCAGAUCGUGGUUAUCCACGACGCUUUCCAGCCCUACAACUACUGGGACUCCACUUUGACUCUCUCUGACAACAGCUGGGGUGUGGUUCUCGACCACCACCACUACCAGGUCUUUUCCAACCAGGAACUACAACGUUCCAUGGAUGAAAAAAUCGCUGUUGCUUGCGAGUGGGGGUCCGGCACCUUGUCUGAGGCCCACUGGACCGUUUGUGGCGAAUGGUCCGCCGCACUCACCGAUUGUACCAAAUGGCUCAACGGUGUUGGCUAUGGCCACCGUUACGAUGGCUCAUUUGUCAAGGAAAACGAUUCGUCCAGCUAUAUCGGUUCUUGUGAAAACAACGAAGACAUCAGCUCCUGGUCUGACGAGAGAAAGACCAACACGCGUAAGUUUGUCGAGGCUCAAUUGGACGCCUUUGAACUGAAAAGCGGUUGGGUCAUCUGGACUUACAAGACUGAAAACUCGUUGGAAUGGGAUUUGCAACGUCUCAUGUACAACGGUCUGUUCCCACAGCCUGUCACCGACAGACAGUUCCCCGACCAGUGUGGAUUCAGCUCGUAA